UUACUCCGAUCUUCAUUUCUUCCGCUUUCUACCUUCUUCUUCUUUUUCUUCUUCUUCACUAUGGGUCAAGGUACUCCCGGCGGUCUGAACAAGGGAGGACUUCCCGGCGACCGAAAGCAUGAUGGCGAUAAGAAAGAGAAGAAGUUUGAACCAGCGGCGCCACCGGCCCGCGUCGGCCGCAAACAGCGAAAGCAGAAAGGUCCUGAAGCAGCCGCGCGGCUCCCCACCGUAACCCCUCUGACAAAAUGCAAGCUUCGGCUUUUAAAGCUAGAGCGCAUCAAAGAUUACCUUCUUAUGGAGGAAGAGUUUGUCAGUAACCAGGAGAGGUUGAAGCCCCAAGAAGAUAAGAACGAAGAGGACCGAUCGAAGGUCGAUGAUCUCCGGGGAUCGCCAAUGAGCGUCGGAAACCUUGAAGAGCUUAUCGACGAGAAUCAUGCCAUCGUUUCGUCGUCCGUUGGCCCGGAAUAUUAUGUUGGGAUACUGUCGUUUGUGGACAAGGACCAGCUUGAGCCUGGAUGUGCCAUCCUUAUGCACAACAAGGUACUUUCUGUUGUUGGGCUUCUUCAAGAUGAGGUUGAUCCAAUGGUUUCUGUAAUGAAGGUUGAGAAAGCUCCAUUGGAAUCAUAUGCUGAUAUAGGUGGAUUAGAUGCCCAGAUACAGGAAAUUAAGGAGGCAGUGGAGCUUCCACUUACUCAUCCGGAAUUGUAUGAGGACAUUGGUAUCAAGCCUCCAAAAGGUGUCAUACUAUAUGGAGAACCUGGAACAGGGAAGACAUUACUUGCCAAGGCAGUGGCAAACUCCACAUCAGCAACUUUCUUGCGUGUUGUUGGGAGUGAGUUGAUCCAGAAGUACUUGGGUGAUGGCCCAAAAUUGGUGAGGGAACUAUUUAGAGUUGCUGAUGAUCUUUCACCAUCAAUUGUCUUCAUUGAUGAAAUUGAUGCAGUAGGAACGAAAAGGUAUGAUGCCCAUUCAGGUGGUGAGCGUGAGAUUCAGAGAACCAUGUUAGAACUGCUUAACCAGUUAGAUGGUUUUGACUCAAGGGGAGAUGUCAAGGUGAUUCUUGCAACAAAUAGAAUUGAAAGUCUUGAUCCUGCAUUGCUUCGUCCUGGGCGGAUAGAUAGAAAGAUUGAAUUCCCUCUUCCUGAUAUUAAAACAAGAAGGCGCAUUUUCCAGAUACACACAUCAAGGAUGACAUUGGCAGAUGAUGUCAAUUUAGAGGAGUUUGUGAUGACCAAAGAUGAGUUCUCUGGAGCUGAUAUCAAGGCUAUUUGUACUGAAGCUGGGUUGCUUGCAUUAAGAGAGCGCCGCAUGAAGGUAACACAUGUGGACUUUAAGAAGGCUAAGGAAAAGGUUAUGUUUAAGAAGAAAGAAGGGGUGCCUGAAGGACUUUACAUGUAGAACUUCUUGUCCUGUGGGCUUCAAGGGCAUUUACAUGUUUUGCUUUUCCUUUCUUCCCUUUUCCCCCUUUUUGGAUAUGACAUCUGUUGACUUAUUGUAUAACGUUAAGCUUAUCAAGCACUUGAAAUGACCAUCUUUCAUGGGAGUGUCAUACAUCUAUUUGUAUUAGCUCUCACAUAUUUAUCCAACAUUUUGUGUUCCAGACGGCGUUAUUAACUGAUUCA